AUCUCAUUCUGUCUGUUAAAAUUCCAGAAAAAUUGGUUUUUGAAAAACCCUGUGUUUUCACUUUCCUUUUUGGUCUUUAUGUAAAAAAAAAAGAUUAAAACUUUGACACCCAGAAAGAAAAAUAAGUUCUUUAUCUUGUUUAUCCCAUUUUAUCUUUAAAAUUCACAGAGAGAGAGAGAGAAACAAGAAUCAGAAAUCAGCAUGCAGUUGCGUGUGCUUGUGGUGUGAUUUUUUGUUGUUUCAAGAACAGAUUUUUAUCUUACCUUUUUGUUGAAGAUCAGCUCUUUUGGAAUUGUGGGUUUUGGCUCAAUUAGCAUAUUAAGAAACUGGUGUUUAUUCAAGGAACUUGUCGAGACUACUCUUAAAGGAAUUAGGGAGGACUAAAUUUGUAGUCUUUCCUGGAAGUUUGGAAAUCAACAUGAGGAAAGUUCUGCAGUCUGUGAGGCAAAUCAAAUCCGCUCUGCAGUAUAGGAAGGAUAAUGUGAUUAAUAGUCUUGUAAGAAGACAAUAUUUUUCGACUGAUAUAAGUCAUGGCUGUUUAUGCAAACUGUCUUAUAAUGGUGGUAUUACUAGAGUUAGCCAACCAUAUUACAUGUUGUCCAGAGCCAUGUUUGCCGAUGUAGCUACAGUUAGUAACGGAGUGGAGACCAGAGGCGGGCCUCUAGUGGAAUAUGAACGAAGAAUUGCUGAGGGUGAGCUCUUGGAUGGAGAUGCAUGCCAGGUAGGCACAUUGCAAGAGCUCCAAAGACUUUAUGAUCAGCUCAUUGAAAAAGCGGAAGUCUGCCGGUUAGACAAAUAUGCCUCUUCUGAUAAAGCCAGCAGGAGUAGAUGGUUAUGGUCUCGUCUCUUACCACAGUCAUCAUAUGCCCCUGUCAAAGGAUUAUAUCUUUACGGGGGAGUUGGGACAGGCAAAACUAUGUUAAUGGACCUGUUUUUCGACCAGUUGCCUGGCAGUUGGAGGAAAAAGAGAAUCCAUUUCCACGACUUCAUGCUGAAUGUUCACAGCCGAUUACAGAAGCACAAGGGUGUGGCAGAUCCUCUAGAAGUUGUGGCAGGAGAAAUAUCUGACGAGGCCAUUUUGUUGUGUCUUGAUGAAUUUAUGGUGACUGAUGUGGCUGAUGCACUGAUACUGAAUCGCUUAUUUAAGCAGUUAUUUAUAAACGGCGCAAUUCUUGUUGCUACAUCAAACCGUGCUCCCGAUAACCUUUAUGAACGUGGAUUACAGAGGGAUCUUUUCCUUCCUUUUAUAGCUACUUUGAAGGAAAGAUGUGUAGUACGUGAAAUUGGCUCAGCGGUGGACUACAGGAAGUUGACUUCGGCCGAACAAGGCUUCUACUUUAUUGGAAAAGAUAUAUCAAGUGUCAUUAAAAAGCAAUUCCAAAUGCUAGUAGGAGAUGCUCAACCAGUUCCGCAAGAGGUGGAAGUUGUCAUGGGAAGGAAAUUGCAGGUUCCACUGGGUGCUAAUGGAUGUGCAUUAUUUUCAUUUGAGGAACUCUGCGACAGGCCUCUUGGUGCAGCAGACUAUUUUGGACUAUUUAAAAACUUCCAUACGCUGGCUCUGGAUGGCGUACCGAUUUUCGGGCUUCAUAAUAAAACUGCAGCAUACCGUUUUGUGACGUUGGUUGAUGUAAUGUAUGAAAAUCGAGCUAGACUUUUAUGCACGGCUGAGGGAUCUCCUGUCGAACUUUUUGAAAAGAUCGUGACAAUAUCCGACGCUCAACAAAUGGCACCUAGAACAUCUUCAAGGUCACGGAAGAACGAUGAUUCUGACCUUUGUGUGGACAACGAGUUGGGUUUUGCAAAAGAUCGCACCAUUAGUAGGUUGACAGAGAUGAACAGCAGAGAGUACUUAGAACAACAUGCUGAAAUGUUAGCCAAGAAGCAGCAACUUCCGUCGGAAAAUCACGCCGAGAAGGCCAUAGAGGUGUAAUUGAUAGGAAUUCCAUACAUUUUCCCAAUUCAAGGGAUCAAUUCUUGUCUGUAAAUUGUGCAAAAUAGCAUCAUAAAAAAAAAGUGAGGUUGGUUAAAGUUUUGGCUGGCAAUGACAUGAAGAAAUGUGAUACAUGGUAGUUGAUGGUUUAGUUGAUUAAUAAUAUUAUUGUUUGUAAUUACUGAGCUGAUUAUGACAACAUCUUCAAUAAGAAUGGCAUUUUAUGAGCAUUUCUGCUAUUGGAAAUAUUUGCU